AAAAAACGUGUCUUCAUUAGGUUGGAAGACAAAAGUAUAUAAACAUUAGUCCGACCGAGGGGUAGAUGUUGCAGUUACAGUUUAUUUUGUGAAAUGUCCGAUCAAGAAUCUAGACUAAAAGCUAUCGAGUCGGCUAUCGAAGUUAUACCGAAUUUUCCCGUGGCUGGAAUUUUAUUUCGUGACUUUUUUGGUGUUUUCAAAGAUCCUGUCCUAACUCAAUAUCUAUUGGAUGAAUUAUAUUAUGAAGCUACAUCCUUGGUAGGGCGGAAGGCUAACAAGAUAGACGCUAUUGUGGGCCUCGAGUCCCGCGGAUUUCUUCUUGGACCAACUCUUGCUCUUCGUCUGCAGUGCUCAUUCGUCCCUAUUCGAAAAGCGGGAAAACUUCCUGGUGCCUGUUUUACUCAUCAGUAUACGCUGGAGUAUGGAAGUGAUACUAUACAAAUUCAAAAGGAUUCUCUAAAGCCCGGUGACAAUGUAAUACUGUUUGAUGAUGUUUUGGCCACUGGUGGGAGUCUUGAAGCUUGUGUCCACUUGGUAAACCUAACUGGGGCUAAGGUUAUAUCCAGCUUGGUGUAUAUGGAACUAAAGACUUUGCCUGGACGUAAAAGAAUUGAAGACCUUAACAUUCCUGUCCACUCACUUUUCAAAAAAUGAACACACCUUCCUGUGUGGAGAUGCCGCCUUUCCUAAUUUUUCCUGUUUAUUUUUUAAAGUUAGUUGUUUCACUUGCAUAUGCUUGGUAAACAAAAGUCUCCGAUCUAUUAAGUCAACACAUUGUUAGUCACUAGAAUGUAAUUCUUGAGUAGUUAAGUUCAUUUGUGUAUGUAGGUGCUUACUUUAUUCGACUAACUGUUUCCUAUCAUUUUGACUGUAACUGUUUGGAGAUUUUUUUGUAUUAUCAAUAGACUUUAUUUGUACUGUGUAUGUAUUUUUGCGCUUCAUUGUAUGGAUUCAGUUUGCUUCCAACUGUAUUCGUGACUAUUUGUUCACUGUAUAGACCGAUUCAAUGGGACUGCUACUAACCGAAAUAGUGUUAUGAGAGUGCAUUGCAUGCGAAUAAAGUGAACGAUUUAGAGCUCACAGUAUCUAACGGUAUCACGCACUUCUAACAGUUUUAUUAGACAGUCUUGAUGUCGAUUGUCAUUGCAUCAGACUAACUGUAGAGACCUGUGUGGUCUUGGAGAAAAGUUUAGAUGUUUAGUGUUCUAACAUAGUUGUAUUGU